AUGACCAACAAAAGGCAGUCCGAUUUGGAAAUCAGCACUCAUCUGAGACUGCUGCCCUGUUUGGUUGCAAAACAACCCGAGCAGGUAUAUUUUUUACAUUUUUUUCCGUACAUAUUUGUUUAUUUCAUUUUGUAAUCAAAUAUUAUUCGUUGACGGCUGCAUCGUUAAGUUCCAUAGUUGCAACAGGUCUGACCUGGCGGUUUUGAAAAAAUUAUUUUCGAAAGCGCCGAUGUAUCACCGAUGCUCUCAGAAGUUUCCUUGUCUGAAGUAUGUAGUUGGAUGUGGCUCCGUGGGUCCGUGCGGUUGAGCAGUGACGAUUGCAUGCGGAACAGGUCAAUGGUUUGACUGGAGAAUCUUUGUGGUUUCGCGAUUGUCGCAGUCGAUGUUUGACGAGCGUUAGACAGAAUACUUUCGGUUGUUCUCCAGUUGGUUUAUUCCUCUAAAUAUGUUUAUUUUUAAAUGAUAAUCAACCUUUCAAAAAAAGUGUUCUAUACCCUAAAGGUUUCAUGGUUGCUUUUAGGCCCACCUUCUUCGAAAACGUGAUCAAUUGCGACAAUGGGCAAUUCAUCCAAACUUGCGAACUGAGGACAAACCCGCUUUAGCUUGUCUCCUGAGAAAAAACGAGAAUGCAAUCGCGUUGUCAAUAAAACCGUACUCAGAGGUAAUGUUUGAAUAUAGCUCAUUCUAAUGAGAGCCUGUUAUAUGUACGUAAGAAAUGAAAUCAUUGCAGAAACGCCGGAAACAUUUUGAGAAGAUGACAGCUACGUUCCACCAGGCGGAGAGUGAAUUUAUCAAGAAGAUCAAAUCGCCAGCGAAGGUAGUCGUUCAUCAAAAGUUGGAGAAAGUGGAGGAGUCUGAAUCGCAAUCCGUUCUGCAUUUUCUCAUCACCGGCAUCCAAUCGUUGUGCUGCGGACAGCAUCGUCGUUCUUGA